CCUCUGUUCGGAGCGCGCUCACUUCCUACAUAGUUCAAUAAGUAGCUGAGAUCCACAGCGGAGUGCGCGUGCUUGCAGACGGACCCGCUGCUCGCGCUGGGAUUAACGAACGUAAACGCGGAGUAUGUUUGCUGCGAUUUGACUGGCCGUGGCUUGUUCGACUGUUAAGAGGACGUUUUGUAAAAGAAGAUUCUUUGCUCAGCAGUCUGCAACACCCUGCUUCUGAUACUAAGAGAUUGCUGAAGUAGAUCCGGUAGAUCUGAGUGCUCCAUCCCUCCAGCAUGCAGAGCAUCAAGUGUGUCGUUGUGGGAGAUGGUGCGGUGGGGAAAACCUGCCUGCUCAUCUCUUACACCACUGGCGCCUUCCCCAAAGAGUACAUCCCCACCGUGUUCGACAACUACAGCUCUCAAGUGAGCGUGGACGGUCGUACCAUCAGCCUCAACCUGUGGGACACGGCGGGACAAGAGGAAUACGACCGCCUGCGCACACUCUCCUACCCCCAGACCAACGUGUUCGUCAUCUGCUUCUCCAUCUCUAGCCCGCCCUCCUAUGAGAACGUCAAGCAUAAGUGGCAUCCCGAGGUGACGCACCACUGCCCCAGCGUGCCUAUCCUCCUUGUGGGCACCAAGAGCGACCUGCGCAACGACCCUGAGGUGCAGAAGAAGCUGAAAGAUCAGAACCAGGCCCCCAUAACGCUGCAGCAGGGCCAAGCGCUCGCCCGCCAAAUCCAUGCGGUCAAGUACAUGGAGUGCUCGGCGCUCAGCCAGGAAGGCAUCAAGGACGUGUUCGCAGAGGCUGUUCGUGCUUUCCUCAACCCUCAGCCCGCUGCACAAAAAAAACCCUGCGUGCUCCUCUGAAAACCAAGACCUGAGAAAUAUGCAGAGAAUUUGAUAUUAAUAUUAUAAUAAGAAAUGUAUGACGAGAAUCAGUCUUUUUGGAAACAGAUUGCAGGAGGAGUCAGGAGUCAGUUAGCUGGUGCUUGUUAUUUACAAGCUGUGAAAAUAGUAAUUAAUGCUGUACACCUGGACAAACAGACAGGGAACAAGCACAUCAGUCAAGUUUGAAGGAAAUUCUAAAGCACAUAGAAUAUUUUUUGCCAUUCUUAAUCACAUAAUGGUAUUUUGAGCAUGGAAGAUAAAUGAUUGUGGAUUUUAUGAUCUCAUGAAAAGUUGUAUGCCUCAUUCGAAAGAAAUUCACACAGUUUUCCCUUCAGCACAAGUGUAGUAGCAAGUCAUGGAAGGCUAUUUCACCUAGGCGUGUCACGACUAUGAAAUUUGGGCUGACGAUUAACUGUCAUACCACUGAUUACGAUUAAUGACGGAAUUAUCGUUUCUGUUAACCUUAUACCACUCUUAAGCUUAACAGUAGUGUAAUUAUUAUAUUAAUGAUAUUAUAUAUAUAUAUACUAUUAUAUACUUAUGUACUAAAUCUUUUUGAUCUACAGAAUGUUUGAACUAAAGGUGAACUACUAAUUAAAACUGUUAGUUAUGAAUCGUAAUGCCUUUAACUGAGAAUGAUUAUUUUAUGAUACUGCCAUGAAUUGGUCAUAUCGCUGAGAAAUUUUUUUUAGCAUUUAUAUCUCAGAUAAUCCUGAGUAGCUUGAACAAUUCCUCGAUUGUGAAGUUAGUAAGGAAUAAAACAGGACAAGGCGUGCUGUGAUAAAUAAUAAAUAAUGAUGGGUUAAAUGUUUUCCUGUAAUGGCACGUCCUGUUCUUCUUAUAACCCAACAAUUCCAAUACAAGAGAGACACCUGAUAUAUACUAUUAUUAUAUACAUACUAUUUUUUUCUCUCUCUUGAGGAUAAUAAGAAAAAUGUAAGCUUGUUUUGCUCCUGAGAAACUAGAAAGAGCAAACUCCUCUGUCCUCAGGACUUCCCUGUGACAGAAAACCUAAAGUUAAAGCUUUAACUUUGACACUUGAGACUCCUUUAAGGAAUACUAAAAAAACAUCUCUUCAAUUACAUGUUUAUAAAAAAAAAAAAAGAUCGUCCACCCUGUGUAAGUUGAUACUAGAGAACAUUAAAGUAAGAGAAUUAAUAUCAACCUUAUUAUAAACAAAAUUAUGACCAAUCAGAAUUAAGCAUCCAACAGACUUAAGCAUCCAUUAUAUCAGUGUGAUAUAAGCAUAAUUUGGCCAAAAAAAAAAAAAAAAUCUAUUCGGCGUGAAAUAGACAUCUGUGUAAGCAUGUCAUGGCUGAUGGACUACAUUUGAAGUAAAGAGGAAAUUGUGUGAAUUUGACUUUUGGUGAUUAAUAAAUCAUUGAAAGUACUAUAAAUAACUAUAUAGUUAAUGCUUUUGUGCAAUCAGGGGCUUGAGAUUACAGGAUAUUCUAGUAAAUACAUACAUAUAUA